GCACGUUCUGGCAGCACUGGUUGUCACACUACUGGUGUCAGGUGAUUUUGUAUUUAGUUGUUGACAUGUGUAUUGUUUAUCUUUACAAAACAUAUCAAAACCCGACUUUUUCAAGUACAUAAUCAAUAAUAACUUCAUCUUUUUUCUUACGGAUAAUUUGAGUAAUUAUAUUCAUAAAUAAAACUAAUAUUUAACGCACAAAAAAAAAAUGACUCAAUCUCAGCAGAGUCUACUAAAUUCAGCCAUACAAAAGUUUAAGUUUGAAGAAUUAGAGUCGACUGUGUUGCCAGAAUUUCCAGAGAUAACAUGGAAUCAAAUAAGAGCUUAUUUAAUUAAAAAUCAUGAAAGUUUUACUACAGUAAACGUAUUAAAAAUAAUCAAUCGAUUAAUCAAUGUAAGUGCGAAAAAAAUAAGUGAAAAAGACCUGAAGAAACGUUUAAAUCGUUUGGAAAUUAUUGAUAUCAGCCGUCACUCAAAUAGGAAAAUGUGGCAUGCAUAUGAACUGAAAAACCGUAAAGAUAAUUAUAACUAUGAGGAUGGAUUUCAUGAAAUUCAAAAUAAUAUGUCACAUUGUUUUAAUGCACUACAAAUGAAAAUGCAUAUUAAAUCAGAGGUGUAUAAUGACAUUAUGUUUAUAAUAAUUCGUGAAAGAAAAACACGUCGUUUAUCACCAAUUUGUAUUGCACUAUUUUUAGAGCAAGAUAUUUUUUUUUGCUCGAAUAAGGCAGUAUCUAAAGAAUUUUUGCAUGUUAUCGUUAAAAGUACUGGCUACUCUGAAUGUAAAAAAAUAUUGCUUUCUGGUAAGAAUAUUAGUUCACUAAUAAAAAUUCACCUCAUUAAAAAACGAAAUGCCGUUGAAGGUAAUGAUAUGUGUAUUGACGAGGAAUUUGAAGAAGCUCCUGCGAUUGUCGGGCCUACAGGGAUUGAUUUUAAGCAAAAUCAACAUCGAAGAAAGCACCUUGAGCAAUAUUUUGGUCAUGAUGAGAUAAUUUUAGAGUCAUUGAUAGUAAAAAAUCGGGAUGUAUCAUGGGCUGAUCCGAGAAUCGCAGCAAAGUUACCUAACGUUAAAAUAAAUAUGCAGUGCCAAGUGAAUCAUCUAAAAAAAUAUCUGCUGAUUGAUCCUUUCGUAACCACUCCGAAACAAACUCAAAUUCUCUGUCUAAUUUUGAACAAAAAAUCUCUGAUGAUUGCUAAAGAUGAAAAAAUGAAAAAACCGAUAACUCUUGUCAUAUCGAAAGAAAAUGAAGUAAUCAAUACACCACAGAAAGAUGGAACUUCUCCGGAUGAAACUAAUUUGCCUCCGAAGCUAGAUAAAUUUCCAGAUUUACGUGACACGGUAUGAAUACCAAAUAGUAUUGAUGAUGAAGAAAUUUUAGCUAUAGAUCAAGCUUCUGCAAUCCCAUCAACAAGUACAUCACGCAAUGAUCUUUCUCAAACCAUAUUUUCAAGUAUCAAUAGACAUUUAAAAUUACUUUAUUUUUAUUUUUAUAAAUUUAUUUUAAUUUAGUUUAAAAUAGUUUUUUUUUCUUAUUAUGUUACUAUGUUUUCAAUUUUUUAGCUCAGAUUAAUGAAGGAAAGCUCGAAAGUGAAUCUGUACGGACUAAGUAACUUAUUUGCAUUAUAACCGGGCAGCGUUGGUUUACGACGUGAGAGUGCGGCUCUCUCGCUGUCUCAGUCUUGAUUUGGUCUUUCUCUAUCUUUCUCAUCGCAGCCUGAUUGCCGAGUUUGGCUGAGCUAGGCGUUAGACCACAAGGGAUGAUUCCACGCAGCAGGUGACCGUAAAUCGGUCAUGUGCGCACAAUUAGGUAAGGGUCAUCGGAGGUUGGGGCCUAAGACGACUAGAUAAAAGAGACGAUUCAAGUGCAGGCGAGGAAUUCAAUUCAAGCGACACUCAAGUUCAAGUGUUCGGCUAGAUAGAUCGACACUCAAGUCGAAGCGCUGACACCGACAGCCUCAUCGUUAGUUAGUCGAUUAGUUCGUUGGAAAAAUCCUUUUUUAUAUAUUUGUUCUUUCAUAUAAACUGGUUUAUAAAACCAAAUUUAAGUUAAGUGAUAAGUGAGAGUAUCCAGCAUCAAGUUCCGGUCCCAUAGCAGCCCAAGUCCGAUAUCAACAGCCAGGAUCUAGAAGAGAAGGUCCCCGAUGCAGCGGCGUCCAGUACCGUCGAAAUCAUGAAACAAGAUUGAAGUGUACUAAAAAAAUUAAAAAAAGUACUGUAGAAAAAUUGAGCAGGAACUUCGGCUUCUAAAGAACGAACUUCAAAGAAGUGAAGAAAAACGAGAAAUGUUUGAAAACGAAACUCGGGAGAGCUUAAAAAAUAUUACCUUGUAAUAGAAAUAAAUAAAAGGAUUCUUGUUACGAUUUCCGACAACUGGUAUGAAUUUCGUGAAAUUCCAUUUGACAAGCCUUCCAAAGCACUUGAAGAAAAGACAGGGUAUCCUAGUGUAGGAUUUAUUAAAAAAUCAGACAAUACGAUUCAUAUUGGUCAAGGAAUAUACAUUCCUACACCAUAUUAUAAUUCUGUGGCUUAUAAAGCGAAAACUGGAAGACAGUUUGUGAUGAAGCUAGUUAUAAUGCUAUUUACUGAAGAAGAGUUGAAAACUCAUAGUGUACGAGGUGGAAAAUCCAACAAAGUAAAAGUGGAAGUACAAAAACCAGCUUUAGAUCCAACUCGACAUCUAGCGCUUAAAAAUAUUUUUGAAUUUUACCUCACGUCGGACCGAAUGGAGCCAGCAAGAAUUCAAAUGGAAUUAAAAAAAAUAAAUUAAUACGUCCGCAGCAAAAUUGCUGACUUGAGGAAGACAUCCAGAAAACAAACUCCUCAAAAAAAGUCAACUGGAAAAAAAAUUAAUGACAUUGAGGGGAACGACAAAGAGAAUAAAGAAGAAAGUGAAGAGGAGAGUGAGGACUAUGAAGAAGAAAAUGAAGGAUGAAGAAGAGGAGAAAAAAGAAGAUGAAGAGUAUAAUGAAGAGAAAAAAAAAGUGACGGAGAAGAGGCUGAAGAAGAAAUUUAACAAAAAAAAAAAUAAAAUCAAGAUGAAUAAAAAAAAUUAUUUAUAAAUAUAGACUGUUGAUUGUUCAUACGUUCUCGUAUACUA